AUGCCAGCGCACUCUGGGCAGGAAGUGCGGCUGCCAGGGAUUGCGGAGCCGGGCCGGAGGCGCAGGGCCGGCGGCGCCCUCCUUAUGACGGAGAGGACGUUGGUGGGUUGCAGCGUCGCAGCCACCGCCGCACCGCCCCGGGUGCGCGAGCAGCGGUGGCAGGGCCUCCGCCAGAGCCUCCUGAGGCCAUCCACGGCCACGUGGGCGGCUGGGUAUCCACUGCUUACCACUGCCAUUUCUCCUGGUCAUCUGGGCUCCGUGUUGGUUCCGUUUUCACCAAGUGUAAUGGCCACCAAUCCAUUGUUACUGAAAAACUAUUAUAAGUGGAGGGCAGAAUGUCCAGAAAUAAGUGCCGAUCUACGCCCUAGAAGUAUCCUUGGCCUUCUGAAGGCCGGUUACCUUGGAGUUCUGAGAGCCAGAGAUCCCACUGGCAGCAAAGUUCUUAUUUACAGAAUCGCACAAUGGGACCCAAAAGUUUUCACAGCUUAUGAUGUUUUCCGUGUAAGUCUAAUCACAUCCGAGCUUAUUGUAGAGGAGGUAGAAACCCAACGGAAUGGUAUCAAAGCUGUCUUUGAUCUAGAAGGCUGGCAAUUUUCUCACGCUUUUCAAAUUACCCCAUCGGUAGCCAAGAAGAUUGCUGCUGUUCUUACAGAUUCCUUUCCAUUAAAAGUUCGUGGUAUCCAUUUGAUAAAUGAGCCAAUAAUUUUUCAUGCUGUCUUUUCCAUGAUUAAACCAUUCCUGACUGAAAAAAUUAAGGAACGGAUUCAUAUGCAUGGGAACAAUUACAAACAAAGCUUACUUCAGCAUUUCCCAGACAUUCUUCCUCUGGAAUAUGGUGGUACAGAAUUCUCCAUGGAGGACAUUUGUCAGGAGUGGACAAAUUUUAUAAUGAAGUCUGAAAAUUAUCUCAGCAGCAUUUCACAGAUCAAUCAAUGAGAAGAAGUUAUUUAAUGUGAAUAUUAAAUAUACAUGAGUGAGAUCCUACCUGGUUACAUGAAUGAAAGAAAAAUAAUCUUUUUAAACUAGUUAAUGCUUGUCUGAUUGAUCUUCUAAAAUGUAAAACUCUUCUGACAUGAGCAACAUAGGGAUUUGGAAAACUGCUUUUUAAAUGCAUUUUAUCUUUCAGGUAGUUAAAUGUUAGUACUUCUUGAAAGCAUAGAAGAGAUUCCUGGUUUUUGUACUUGAAGUUAUCUCUUAAAGUAGCUAUUCAUGUUCACCUUUGUAUAUUCCUGAAAAGUUUCCUUUUAACCAAGUUAUUUGACUACAUUGGUUUAGGAAUUAGUGUACUACAAAUAGUCCAUGAAAAAGAAGUAUUAGUACAAAUCAUCUGAUGAUAAAAAUCUAUCAACAUCCAUCAUGGGUGGGUGUCAGAUUAGAUUAUAAUUCAGAUUAAAAUCUGAAUACAGUUUUACAGAGUUAUUUCUAUGGGCCAGCAAGACAGUUUAUCUCAGGGAGGUUCUAUUUCAGCAUAAUUUGCACAAUAGAAAAUUUUGAUUGAAGAGUCUAGAUACCAUAAACUAUUGUAUGUAGCAUCUAGAGGUCUCUGAAAUUACUCAUGUUGACAAAAUUGAUAAUCAAAAAUAAUUUAGGAAAUAUUUUAGGUAUAGCUGAUGGCUUCUUAAUACUAUUUCUGCAUUUUCAAACAAAUCAAGAACGUAAUUUUGACUUCUGUUUUUAGUUAUCUUAUCAAGACUACACAGAGACUUAGAAAUGGAAUAAUACUUAGUAGUCAUACAUGGACUCUAUUUUUAAUUGAACAAUAACACAACUACACAAAGGAAAGGAAAUGUUUACAUUUUAAAAAUCACUGUCAGUUACACCUGGAACUUUUCAGAUUAUGUAUGAAAUAAUUUAACUUUUAAUAUAUAUCAGAAUAUUCUAGACAAAUUCUAUAAUUCAUAUUUACUUUAAAAAAUCAGUAGUUAAAAUGUGCUGUUUAUAUUAUAGCUUAUGUCAUAGAAUAUUUCAUUUAUUAAGAAAGAUACAAUGUCAAUAUAGCUUUCAAUUUAUGACACAGUGUUUCAUAAUUUUGAAAUUUUAUUUUAAGUUUGAAAAGAAAAAAACAGCGCAAAGUUGUUACACAUUUGUUCAACUUUAAUCAUGCAAUAGUAUCUUUGUGAAAGGAUAUAUGAAGGGUAUUUUUCUUUAUAAGAAAAUUAUUCUAAUCAGGUGAGCUGAUAAUUUUAAUUCUCUGUACAUAUGUCUAUGAAAAAAUUGAGAGCAACUGUGAAUGUUCAUUAGAGAACAAAUUUUGAUUUAGCAUUGGGAAGCUAACUUUACAUUAUAAUUUUUAUUAAAAAAUUAGACUGUGCCUGUUUUCUAAAAAAAAAUCAUAAAGACUUCCUUACAAAAUUAUAUAAUUCACAAAAUUGUAUGAUUAAAAAUAACAGCAGAAUCAAAUCAUUGAAAAACAAUAAACAAUAACAACGACAAAAAGCUCUGGUUUACCCAACUUUUAUUUUUCUGUAAAGGAGGUUUAUAUCCGAGUUCCACUUCAUAUACAUUUGGAUACUUAAAACACUUACUCAUGACUCUGUGAAGGAAUGAUUACUUUAGCACGUGAAUAAAGGAUAGUAUUUAAAAAUGUUGUUUAAAUGUGAUUCAGUGGUGAUGUUAUUAACAGUAAAUAGAAUUAAAAUAUGUCAGUCAGUAGAAGUGCAUUUCAUGAUGGUACUGUGACAUAUUUUUUUAAAUGCAGCAAUUCACUGAAGAACAUGAAAAGAACAAGGCGAAGUGAGCAGGCAAUUUUAUAAGGUGGCAGGAUAAAUAACUAUCAAAUUGUCUAUAUUACUAAGUUACUGUAUAUUACUUUACUGUAAUUGCACCAGAAGUGCCUUUUACAAGGUUAACUCUAACAUGCGCUCAUUAUGUUACUGAGCUGCACAAUAAUUUGUGUUAAUAUUGUUCAAAAAUAAUAAAGAUCUUUUACAUAAGCUA